AUGAUCUCCCUGGUGCAAUUUGGUAUCGUUCUCUUCGUCGCGCUGGGAAGUAUAACCUACGGCUAUGGAUCUAGUAUCAUAGCGACUACUACAGGACAGCCAACCUUUCUAUCGUACUUCGAGCUCGAUACACGCUCAAACUCGGACGAACUCCUGGGGGCGAUCAACGGUCUCUUCUCCGCUGGUGGCCUGUUCGGCUGCAUCUCUUGUUUCUGGAUUCCUGACAAAUGGGGUCGAAAGAAAGCAAUACUCUUCGCCUCUUUUGUCUCGAUCGUCGGCAACGGCUUGGCUGCAGGCAGCGUACACAUUGCCAUGUUUAUGAUCGCUAGAUUGCUCACUGGGUUCUCUGUGGGAGCCCUGGUCAGUCUCAUUCCACUCUACCAGAGCGAGAUUUCACCUUCCCGGAUUCGUGGUCUCCUGGUUGGUAUGCACGGCACCGGCAUCGCCUUUGGUUAUGUUGCUGCCAGCUGGAUCGGCUUUGGCUUUUACUUUGUCAACGCCAGCGGCACCCAAUGGAGAAUGCCACUAGCUAUUGGUGGCCUGUGGCCGCUCCUUCUUGCGACAGGCGUCGUAUUCAUACCGGAAUCUCCCCGUUGGCUCUUAGUCAAGUCUCGUCCUGAGGAGGCCCUCAAGGCCUUUAAGGCUUGCCGAACCGAAUCGGGCCCACAUAAUAAUGAGCAUGCGAUCCACGAAGAAUUUCAACUUUUGCACUCUCAGGUCUUGGAAGAGUUAAAGGACCACGUACCCCUCAAAGAAUUCUUUACACGGCCAGCUCUACGCAAGAGAUGUUGGAUUGGUUGGCUUACCAUGGUGGCUGGUCAAUGUACCGGCACAAUUGUCAUCAACAACUACGGCCCUUUCCUAUACCGCAACCUCGGCUUCAGUGUGGUCAAUCAGCUUCUCAUCCAGUGUGGGUGGAUCACGGUGUGCCUAUUUGGCAACGCAUUCAAUGCAACGGUCAUCGAUUAUUUUGGGAGAGUACGGAUGCUACUCUUCGGAUUCACCGGCGAUGUCAUUGCUCUGGCUGGCGAGUGUGCCAGCGUUUCAGUUUACCAAAGGACCGGCUCUACAGCAGCUGCGAAAGCAGCUGUGUUCUUUCUGUUCCUCCACAUAGGCUUCUAUGGAUGGACUAUUGACGCCAGUACCUACAUCUACGCCACUGAAAUCUUUCCCAAUCCUCUCCGCGCUCGCGGCAUCGGCAUUUCCUGCUCUGGCGCUGCGCCAACUGCAUUCAAUAAUAUCGGCUGGAAGUACUACCUUGUCUUCACCAUACUUACAGCCAUUUGUGUCGUAAUCAUCUGGUUCUUUUUCCCUGAAACCAAAGGCCUAGCUCUUGAGGACGUGGCCGAGAUUUUCGGGGAUGGAAUCGUGCUUACGGAUACUCGUGAAGAGCAAAUCCACCAACAGUUCAAGCAGUCCCAUUACCAUGCAGAGGUUCUUGAGGAAAUAGCAGACGUCCCGCCCGUCCAUGUCAGCGAGAAGAGCGAAGGUGGCAAGCCCAAAGCUGAGCACAUCCCCUGA